UUUCUCUUCCUCUUUCCCUCUGGCUUACACGCCAGUCGUCGACAAUGGCGCAGCCAUUAGAAACGAUGCCCCGCAGUGGCGACGGAGACGAUGUCUUUACCUCGCAAGACGGUCUGGAGCCAAGUGUCGUGCCCGACGGCGACUUGGACGAUGUUCUCAGUGCGAGCAACACGAACGCUUCCGACCUGCGUGCGACUCUUCAAUCGCUGCUGGACAGCAAAGAACGACAGCUCCAGCAAGCAGGCACUCUCGGUCAGCGUGUCCUUGCUCAGCAGAUGGAGCUCGAGGAGCGUGUCCGCCAGUUUCAAGAUAUGGAUGCAAACAGGGGUGACCGUGACGAACCGAGUGCCGAAAUGCGUCUCCAGUAUCGCGACCUCGCAAACACAAUCCAGUCCUGGAACGAAGAAAAUGCCAAGUUAUCGAGCGCAUUCAGCGGCAGACGUCGCGAAAACGGUGCUCUGCCUUCACAGGACCUGUCUUUGCCCGACGACGUUCCACAGGAACCCCCGACUGCACACCAUCCAUCCGCACCCUCCGCUUCACAGUCACGGCGCGCUAAGAAUGCAGCUCAUCGCGCCAAUGAUGUCGAGUUUGCUUUUGAAAUUGGUAGUAGCUUGUUGACAGAGGUUCGACGAUUGCAGAGCCUGCUCGGAGAACGUGACAAGGCAAUACAAGACAUGAAAGAGGAAAAAGACGAUUUAGAGAAGGCUGUGGAGGCGCUGAAGAAGGCUCUGCGUGAACAGGAGCAGAACGCCGACAAGUUCAAAGAGGAAAAUUGGAACCUCGAAGUUUCUCUCCAAGAACUGCGUACUCAGCUCGCGGACGUCCAGUCAACUGCCCAGCGAAGCGAAUCGGAGACGAAGAGACUUACAAAGGCGUUAGCGACUGCGCGUGAACAGAACGAUUCGUCGAAGAAUGAGGUGGAUCGACUUCAGCGUACCAUCGAAGAUGCGAAGAAUAAGCACGAAACAGACGUUGCGCUGCAUCGUAAGCAGACCGCCGCACUUGCUCGCGACAAAUCCGAUCUUCAACAAGCCGUCGAUACGUACAAGGCAGAACUUGCACGCGCCAGUCGUCGUUUACCCCGAUAUGGCUCGCCACUCACACCCGAUGGACGCAGUGAUGCGCAGACGCCUCGUACGACCGACGAUGAGGAAGAUCUUUUCGGUCCUGGCACGACUGGCAUGGGUAUGUCAACGAAUCGUCGAAGGAUGGAUACCUCGGGGUUAUUCCCUCCAGAUGCAUUUGGGCCAGAUUACGUCGAUGCGUCACCGGAGCCGUCGCCAUCCAAACCCUUCUUAUCGCCGAAUCACCCAUCAAAUGAAAUUGAAGCUCUCCAACAGAAACUUGCACAUGCUCAACGGCAAAUCAGUACUCUCAAAGGCACACUCGCUCGAGAGAAGGAGCUACGCAUCGAGUAUAGGAGGAAGAUGAUUGAGGCGGGUCUGCAAGGUCAGCGACUGGACGACGAAGAGGACGACGAAGAGGAAGUCGACUCGGAAGGUCGACAGCCGAGGUCGAAUGUACAUGCGACGACAAUCAGAGGCAGGGGGCGAGGACGUGGCACAGUCCGAACUGGUGCUCGAGGCGGCGGUCGUACGCUUGCUCAGAAGUUGAUUGCUGCGAAGAACCGUGGCGACGAGGAGUCGGAUGAAGAAUAUCUUGACGAGGAAUCAGAGGCAUACCCAUCGACUGCACUGCCAGAUACCACCGGUGACGAACGGGCAGCCGAUACGAGUAUGACUAGCAUUGCACUGUCAUCGCCAACUGCUCCUACGUUCGCCGCAUCACCAUCUCCUGAGCCUCUUUCCAAUCGUGACAGCGUCACUAGUGUAGAGGGUAUGGAUCCGGAAUUUGCAAACAUCCUUCGCCGCGUUCCGUCUGCGUCAUCGUCAGCCAGUCGCCGAGGGAGUCCCUUCACGAAUGGUACAGUCCGUGGCCGUGUUAUUGGCGCAAGACGUCGUGGUGGUACUGCAUUCCAGGGACCUCGUCCUUCGUCCCUUGUUGGAGCACCAGAAGCUCUUGCUUCAGAACUGGGCCUUGCGAAUACGAGUGCUGCUAUGGAGAGUGUACGCGAGGAUGGAGAAUUUGAGAAGGUGCUCGUCGAGGUUGCCUGCCAAACGGACUUUGAAGAGGUUGCUCCAACUUCUGCACCCGUCAUUCCUGCUGUAAGCAAGCCAGAGAUGGCAGAUGUCUCCGUUCAGGCAGAACCGGUUCCUGAAGUAGCACCAUUAAUCACAAAGCCGGAAACAGCUGAAAUGGCGAUUCAAGCGGAACCAGAGCCAAAACCGGAAGUUACAACGGAUGAGGCGGCCAUUCAACCCGUCAUCGCUGCUCCUGUUGUCGUUAGAAGCGAGUCGUCAGUACAAACCGUCGAGCCGGCUCGUUUGCACAUAUCCAUUGGUACUGAACCGGAGAAACGACCUGCUCUGGUUGAUUCGGGCACAUCGACCGAGCCACCCACGCCAGUCUCAACAUCUAGUGUCGUUACGCAGACGGACCCGAUUCCAGAGCCGGAACCUAUAGUACGUGAGGUGCAGGUGAUGCAGCCGACACCUCAGCGGAGUGAUGCAGAGACACAAACGUCCCCACGCUCGGAACUCUUCCUAUCCAACGUACCUAACUUACCAUCGUCACCGCUUGCUCAGCGUCGCUUGCGUUACCUUAGUACGGCCUCUACAGCUACGGCUGUGCCAAACAGGCCUCUUCAAGUUGUUCAAGACGAGUCAGAGGAAGAAGAUUCUCAUACCGAAUUGGCAUACGCCAGUGCGGGCGAGCCAGAAACUGAGACGGAUGCGGACGAUUUCAGAGAUGCAAUGAGUCAGGUGCCAACAGCGACGGUUUCCGAGUCGCUCAACGACGAUGACUUCCACUCAAUGUCGACUAUGACUGACAACGACUUUUCGGAUGAGGAGGAUGAAGAAGACACCGAAAGCAUCAAGGCGUCUGUCCUGGGCUUGACUGGUCCUUCUGGGGAAAGUGGUUCUGUUCGGCGCAGUGAGCAAGAUAUUACUGAGCCCGCUCGGACAUACGAGUGUGCUGCCGUCAGCACGGAUCCGCCAAAGGAAGAUCCAAAGCGCGAACUCUCGGAGAUGUCAAUCCAAACUGACGAAUGGCAGCCACCACCAGCUGUUUCGCCUAUUGCCAGCACUCCUCAAGGAUUCGGACUGUAUCGCGUGGGUCCGAAUUCCCAGCAAUUCCAGUUCGUGCCUCCUGCGUCAUCUCUACCGGCUUCUGCGGUUUCAACUCCCAUUUCGCCGAUCACUUCCACGCCGCCUGUUCAAGCUCUGCGCGAUGCAACGAAUACAGUGGGUGCGCGCCCUAUGCGGUUUUCGUCACCGUCUUUGCCUGUGGAAGGAAACAAGAGCGCUGUGACCGAUGGUACACCUGACAUAGCCCAGCGUCAGCAUACGCAGUCGUUCAGUUCGGGGUCACCAACCAUUGAUAAGUCGCGUCCUCCGACGAUGAUGCUCCCGCCUCCACCGAAAAUGCCGCCUCCGCCUAACAGUAUGCCUCCGCCAUCGUUCAUUCCAGAGAAGCGUAGACCGAAUUCUGCGUUAUCGUCUCAUCGUGAUAUGCCUCCUCCACGACCUUCGUCUCCUCCACCUCCUGAACUCAUUCAGCGCGCAACGACUCCACUUGGAUCGCUCACAGUGCCCAGCAGAGGAGCAUCCGGAAGUCGUCAGCACGGAUCGAGUUUGCCGCCAAUGUCAGUCUUGCGCCAGCCUACGUCAAUUAAUAGCUUCAGGUCUGCUGCGAAUGCGAGCGCACUUGCACAGUUAUCGAGUGGAAGUAGUCAGGUUCCCUUCAUUGAUCGACAACUUCAUUCUGCUGCAUCACUAUUGUCUGAUCAAGAGGACAUGAUGUCUCGUCGGUCGUCUAUUUCCUCGGACUUCCAUCAUAAUCGUGCCUUGUCGGACGAGCACGCUGGUACAACAGUGCUCAAUACUCCGGGUACGCAGAGUCGCACUGCGAAUAUGCCAAGUUCGUCGACAGACCCGGCAAUUAUCCAUGCAAUCACCCAAACCAUGAUCGGCGAGUGGCUGUACAAGUACACAAGACGUACGAUUGGCAAAGGUCAUGGCGAGCGAAGACAUAAGCGUUUCUUCUGGGUGCACCCGUAUACAAAGACUUUGUAUUGGAGCUCAGGAGAUCCGGGAUCGACGACUGUUACAGAGCAGAGUGCAAAGAGCGCAUACAUUGAUUCUGUUCGCUCUGUACUCGACCCUAAUCCAAUGCCGCCUGGACUUUACCAGUAUAGUAUCGUGAUAUCGACACCGCAGCGGGAGAUGAAAUUCACAGCACCGACAAAAGAGCGCCAUGAGAUAUGGCUGAAUGCAUUGAAUUUCCUUCUUGCUCGCCCGACGCCGACAGCCCAAUCCCCAACAGCAACCCAAGUCCACGGCCCACCAGUUACUCCCGUACGCAACGCGGGGGCUGUUUCUCCAAUGUCACGACGAACUGGUCGCACUGAGGCAUCUGGAAUGUCCAAUGAGUCUCCUUGGAGUGUGACGAAUGUUACUCCGCGAGGGACGCGUCGCAGUCGAUCUCGUGUGUCGAUGGCUGGCUCAGUGGGCAAGCGUUCCAACACUCCUGCUGCUGAGUAUCUGCGAUGGAUAGACGGACCGGGGAGUCCUGGCGCAAAUAGUGUACGCGGCUUCGAGUUUGGUAGUCAAAGUGCUGAUGCCGCCGAUGACGAAGAGCUCGAUUUUGAAAUCCAUGACUCCAUUACGAGCGAAAGGGAGGGCUUUGAGGGACUGGAAAACGUUCGUGCUUGCUGCGAUGGUCGACACACAGUCGGACGCGAUUCCGGAAUGUACGAGCAUCAUCAUCAUCAUAACCAUGAUCACGUUCCUGGUCAUGUACCCAAACCUGCACACGUCCACCGUCCAAUCCCCCAGUUCGCCCGUCCAGAGCCGCCUCCAGAGCGCACACAGUCUUCGAGGCCUUCGUCCCCGGCAUUCUCGUUCCGCUCCCGCACGAGUAGCCGGAAGUCCGGUGAAGGCGUCGGUAACUUAUUUAGUCGCUUCGGAACACGGAGAUCCAAGACGCCUGCCGUCUCGCAAGACGGUUGAACUGCGUCAUCGUCGAACACUCUCUAACUUGUUGAUACGAUACCUUGCCACCAAGCAUACAAUACCGAUAUAAUCUUGGAAUCAUUCUUUGUCCUCAUUUCUUAGUCUUAGAAUAUCACACACACUCUCCUUAGUUUUUAUUUUCUGCUCCACAAAAAGAAUUGCACUCUCGUUUUGAUAUCCAUUGUGUCCCGUCUCGCUCCCUUUUCCCUUUUU